GGAUCAGAAAACUGGAUAAUCGAAUGGCUUCGCUAGGUUUGUUAAUUAUUAAGUUAACCUACGUGGUCAGGCCACAGGCCGAGGCUACUCUCUCUCUCUCCCCCUUCCUCGUUUUCAUUUUCCUGUUCUUCUUCAUAUAUUGUUACCAGGGUUGAGGGAGGAGACCGCCGGAGGAUCAACUGAUAUCCGUUGAACGACAAUGUUGACUCUCUUUUGGUCCGCGGUCGUUAGCUGGUUGGCAUACCUUGUGUUCGGGGCCAUUUAUCGGCUAUGUUUCCACCCCCUGUCUCGCUUUCCUGGGCCUAGGUUGGCCGGCUUAACGAAAUGGUAUGAGUUCUAUUAUGACGUGGUGAAUCCGGGCCAGUUUAUAUGGCAAAUUGAGCGGAUGCAUGAAAAAUAUGGGCCAAUUGUACGGAUAACACCUGACGAACUCCAUAUCAAGGACCCUGAUUUCUAUGAAGUGAUAUACGCACCUGCUUCAAAGAAGCGAGACAAGUAUGUCAAUUGGACCAUCGGUGCUGGCGCCCCAGCAUCAAGCUUUGCGACAGUUUCCCACGAGCAGCAUCGCCUCCGAAGAUCCGCCUUGAAUCCUUACUUUUCGAAAACCGCGAUUUCCAACAAUGCCUCUGCCCUUGUUCGAGACAAGAUUGAGCGAUUAUGCCAACGAUUCUCCGAGGCCUCCCACUCUCGACAGGCGCUGAGGCUUGAUGCAGCUUAUAUGGCGCUGACGAUGGAUAUAAUAACGCAUUAUGCCUUUGGAGAGAGCUACAACUAUCUUGCCGAGCCGGACUUCAAGCUUGAAUGGAAGGAGACUGUCAUUGGUGGCUCUUCGAGCGGCGCAAUGAUUCGACAGUUUCCAUGGGCUUUGUCCAUCAUGAAGUCUAUCCCGUUAGUGGUCAUGAGCAAGCUCGCCCCGGAUGCUUCGUUGCUGGUGCGAUGGCAGAUCAUGGUUCGUCGACAAGUCGACAGUAUCAUUGCUAACAAUCGCUCCGGCACCAAGGCAAGCGGUACAAUCUUCCAGGCUUUGUUGGAUAGUGAUCUGCCUCCUGAAGAGAAGAGUGCGGAUCGUCUUCAGGACGAGGCACAGACUUUGGUCGGGGCCGGGAGCGAGACCACUGCCAAGGUAUUGACAAUUAUAACAUUUUAUCUUUUACAAGAUAAGAAGAUGCUGGAAAAGUUGCGCCAGGAAUUGUCAACGGUCGAGACGGACUUUUCUGCUUCUGGAAGAGAGUUGUUGACCGCACUCGAAAAACUUCCUUAUAUGAAUGCCGUUAUCAACGAAGGACUACGCCUUAUGCACGGAGUCACCACUCGCUUACCCCGAGUCGCCCAUGAACCCAUUCAAUAUAAACAGUGGACAAUCCCCGCCUCGACGCCAGUUAGCCAAUGUAAUCUCUUUGUUCACAUGGACCCGACACUUUUCCCUGAACCGACGAAAUUCAAUCCUGAACGAUGGAUGGACGCAAAACAGAACAAUACGCGCUUGGAUAGGUAUCUUGUUUCUUUUGGAAAGGGUAGUCGGCAAUGCGUUGGUAUCAACCUCGCAUAUGCAGAAAUAUUCUUGACUCUAGCUCUCGUCCUAUCGCGCUUUGACAUGGAGACUUAUGAAACUACUACUGAGGAUAUCCGUAUCGCUCGCGACUACUUUGUCGGCGUUCCCGAGCCAGGCUCACAAGGAGUUAGGGUUAUUGUAACCAAGGAAUUGUGAAGGAACCCCGACCCGGAGGUAUAAUAUCCAUCCAUUAUAUAGAAACCUAGGAUUUCCAUGUUUUGAAAUGUAGGUUCAUGAAUUUUGUUACGGCCUAUGGUUUACUGGUACAGAAUGCAAUGUAUAUCAUUUCUCUGUUCGCAUCUGGAUUAUAUACAUCUAUCAGCAGAAUCUACCAAAUAGGUACGGCAAA